UUUUGAACGGGGGUCAAGAUGGCGGAGGAGAGCGGCUUAAAGCACCGGAAUCACACCGGACAGAACUGCAGGAACAGCCGGUAUAGAGAAGGAGAUGCUGAGGAGCAGUGAGUUUCAGUCUCUGAUGUUUCUGAUCCGGGACUGGAGUUACCCGUAUGAGCAUCCUUACGGUCUGGAGGGAGGAAACCAGUUCCUGGAGAAGCGUCUGCAGGUAACGCAGAAUCAGCACGAGGAGCUGCAGAGCGUCAGGAAACACAUCCACUCCUGCUUCUCCAGCAUCAGCUGCUUCCUGCUGCCGCACCCGGGGCUCAGAGUGGCCACUAACCCACGCUUCGAUGGACGCUUACGGGUGCAGGUGUGUGGCGGCGAGCGUCCCUACAUGUCUCCGUCUGCUCUGGAUCUCCGCCAUGGUGAGCUGAAGCAGGUGUGUGUGUGUCAGUUCCGCUCCGUCAAGAAGAUGGGUGGAGAAGAGUUCAGCCGACGCUACCAGGAGCAGCUGGAGCAGGAGCUGGAGGAGUGCUACGCUAGCUUUAGCAAACACAACCAGGGCAAGAACAUCUUUCUAGCGGCGCGUACGCCGGCGGCGCUGCUCGCCCUGAUGCUGCUGCUGUACGCGUCGGCGCUGAUAGCGGGCUGUGUGGGCAUCAGUACACUAGCGGUGCUCUGUGACCUGCUGCUAGCCGCCGCGCUGCUCUCGCUCUGCGUCUGGACCUACAGCAGAUACUCCGGAGAGUUCCGCGAGAUCGGCGCCGCCAUCGACCGUCUGGCCGAGACACUCUGGGAGCAGAGGACGCCCAGGAAGGUCCUCUCCAAGCUGAUGGAGGUGUUGCGGAGCCGGCUGCGGCUGAAGCCCACCCCCAGACAGAGACUGCCCUCCAAUAACAACCUCAAGAAGAGGAAGUAGAUCCGCGUCUGCGCUGACGUCACUUCCUGCAGACGCUGAGCGCCAGCAGUGCUACGGUAACACUAGCGGCGUUAGCAGAGCUAGCGCUGAACUCAGAGACUCUCUGCUGCUGCGCUCCUCCACCCAUCCACACGCUGAUCUCUGUACAGAUUUUAAACUCCAGCAUGACCAUCCACAGCGUUUUCUACACGCUGCUUUUGUAGCAGGACAAACCAUGGAGUCAUCCUCAUCUGCAGGACUACCACACACACACACACACACACACACACACACACACACACACACACACACUUAGUUUUAUACGUCUCCAUUCCUCUGCUCUGAGCUUCAUCAUUCCGGAAUGUUCAGUCGUCUUCAUCAUGAUGUUUCUUUAAUUUAUUUUGGAAUUUGAUUAAAAUGGGUCACUGUA